AUGAACGCCGGCUUCAACCCAAUAGCCAUGCUGGCAGAGCGAGCCUGUGGUCCCAUCUACAACGCCAUCGACACGGGAAACAACUCGCUGGCCAUUCGACAUGCUGACAAGGUGCUGCAGUCGCAGCCGGACCUCGCUCUAGCUUUGUCACUCAAGGCGCUCGCCCUCGUGCGCUCUGGAAAGCGUGAGGAAGCUAACACAUUAUGCACAAAGCUUGUCACCAGAGGGCUGCGGAACGGCGAAGACAAUGCCUUGAACCCACUCACCUGGACACUCGGACGACUUGGGCGAAAUGCGGAUGAGAUCACUCUGUUGGAAGCGGCGGUCAAGAACAGCCCCAACGACGAGGGUCUGGCUCGACAGACCUACUUUGCGCUCGUCAAGAACCAAGCUUUCCAAAAGGCCCAGCAGCUUGCAACAAAGAUGCACAAGUCCUUCACUGGUCGCAACAAAGCGAAAGGACGAUUUGUCGAGGAGUACUUCUGGUGGUCAGUCCUCUCCUACUUGCUUCUCUCGAGAGACCCAACGGCACCCGGUGCCGCACUUGCACUCCCUCUCAGCCAACGGAUGAUCGAGAAGCAGAUCGAGUCCAAGCCAUUAGGUGUCAAUGACGAAGAAGCUCUCUGUCUGCUGCUGCAAGUGCUGAUACGACAAGGCAAGAAGAAGGAGGCUUUCGAUCUGAUCGCUGCCGAAGGCUCGGUGGGGCACACGCUGUGCGAUCGCAACCUCAGUCUCGAGUUCACACGGACGGACCUCGCCAAGGAGCUGAACAACUGGGCCUUUGUCGAGACAAGCUGCUGGGCCCGCAUCGACGCUGGUAGUCGCAACUGGGCUCACUUCACCGGCUUCCUCGAUGCAGCAGAAAAGCUGGGCAAGGACCAUCUCGUCGCAGCUAAGAAGAAGACCAACAUGCUCCUCAGCGUCAAAGGUGCUACCAUGGACCGCUCAAUACGACUCGCCGAGCUCGAGGUGCUCAAGAAGCGAUCCAGCAACGGAGACCGGGACGCUGCAGCUCAGCUGACGCCCAAGGUGAUCUCGUACUUUGAUCAGUUUGCGAGCAAGGCGUGUUGUCACGAGGAUCUGCUGCCGUUCCUGACCGUGCUGUCAACAGAGGCGAGGGAAAGUGUGUCAGACAAGCUCAAGGAGAAGGCGCGCCCUCUUUCCAUCAAGAAUGAGCUUGACCUCAGGACAAACAUCUCGAUCGCCAAGAUCACUCGCACAGUGCAGCCUGCUACGACGCUGACGGAGGAAAGCGAGGCGGAACUGGCAGCCGAGUUGCUGAAGCAAUACCUUGACGGACUGACGGUGGGAGCAUCGUUGCCAGAGACCGAGAUGCAGCCCGCCGACGAUCUCGCCCUGCUCGGUGUGCAAGCGCUGCUCUCGGCCUACAGGCUGUCUCACGGCAAGCUGGUCUACCUCCACCAAGUCAUCGCUCUGCUCGAAUUCGCAUUGACAAAGAGCAAGAAGGGGUACCAGCUGCGUAUGCUCCUUGUCCGCAGUUACAUUCUUGCAGGUGCGUUCGACCGAGCGUCGAUCCAUUACGGCCUGAUCGGGCUCAAGAGUGUCCAAGCCGAUACGCUGUCUUACCUGAUCAGCGAGCGAUGCGCGCCCUUCUCUGCGGUCGGCUCGAGCAGCAACACCGUCGACGAUGGGCUGUACAAGAUGGCCGUACGCACGUUGUCAACAUCACAAGCCAUCUAUGAAGAGAAUCGGAGCUCGACGCCGGACAUGAUCUCCAAGGCGUUCGAGCACGGCAUCUACUCGCGCGUGGAAGAGUUUGUCGAGUUCGGCGAGGCGCUGGAACGUUCGUUGCAGCGUCAAGUGCUGCGGUUGGAAGAGUCGCGCUCUCAUCUGCACAACAGGCAGAACUUUAAGAGCGAGCAGCAGAAGCAGUCGUUCGAAGCUGGGAUCGAGAAGGCGGUGUUGGCGGUGAAGGCGGAUCUGGAGAAAGGGGUGCAUGAUCAGAGGGACUUUUCGGUGCUGGUCAACUAUCAGCCGCUGGACACGCCGGAUGUGGCCGAGCUGACGCAGGUGGGACCGCGUCAGGAUGCGGGAUGGGUGCGAUGCAUUGCAUCGACCAUGUCGGACAAGGUGAAUGACAGCAUCUCGGAGGUUGACAUGCACAGUUUGACGGCUGCCGAGAAGGCGCUUGUCACGCUGGUUCGAGGUGCUCGAUCGGGCACGUUGGACUCGGCAGGUUUGAUCUCGAUGCUUGAGUCGACCAAGGCCACGCUUCGUGCGCUCGUCGAUCUCGCAACCAGCAACACAGUCGACAACACUCGAACGAUACGGCCCAUCGAUGCCAUCCACGAGGCCGGCUUGACCUUAGAAGCGAUCUAUCAUACGCGAUCGUCAUUGACCGACAGCGAGGCAACUGCGACCGUCAAGACACAUGUCGCCGAGAUCGCCACCCUGGUGAACCAUCUGUCGAGAUCAGUGCAGACGGUUGUGGUGACCGCUUCGAACGUGCUAGAACAAGGACUGGCGUCGUUGGGCAAGGACAAGGUGGCUCAGAUGAUGCAGACGACACAAAAGAACCUCGCAGGCAGCUCGGUGAAGGUGCUAGGCAACCUCCGGGAUGCUCUUCGCGACGCUCUGUAA